ACCCUGGUUUCUUUGGGAGGGAAGGAGAGAAGCUGAGAAAGUGAAACCCUAAACCCCCAUUUUUACUGUAAAACCCUAAACCCUAGUGUUCUAAUACCAGUAUCUUGCUUGUAAUUGCCAAAAGGUCAUGGCUUUAGCUUCUGAGAAUGAGUUGGAGAGGCAUGGCAUGCUCACUCUGUGUCUUCCUUCCCUCUCUGAACAGGACCCUUUAUUCCACAAGAAGAAGAGGUUGGCAGAUGUGAAGGGUCUCAGUUUUGAGUUUCAAAUAAAAGUUCCAUCACCCCCUGAAGAGUUACAGCAAAUUUUGAAUCAAAUGAUUUGGGCAGCAAGAGUACUGCAUCUGAAUGAGAUAGAGCUCUAUUUUGCUGAAGAUGAUAAUUCUGGUCCAUUCAGCCCCAGAAACGAGCUUGAAUCUCUUGGUACAGUGCUUCAAAUUGUGAAAUCCUCGAUCUUGAAUGCUAAAGCUGAGAGAUUAUGGGUUCUAAAAUUUUUGUUAAAUCAAACUGAGGAUAUCUUCAAUGCUGUUGGGGCUGGAAACAUUGUUGAGAUGAUCUCUAACAAGUUUGAUAGUUCUGCGGAAGACUCGCUGCUGAAGUGGGGGUGGACUCAUGGAGUGGAGACAAAAUUGAGAAUUGCUUAUUUUGAAGGAGCUGGAAGAGGAGCUGUGACCAUUGAAGACCUGAGCAUCGGUGACACUGCUUUGGAAAUCCCUGAGUCUCUAAUCAUAUCUGAGGAUGUUCUUCAUGAAUCUGAUAUGAAUGAAGUGUUCAAGGAAUUGGAUGGUAUAUCUGCUGAUACUAUGAUGUUAUUAUGGAGCAUGAGAGAGAGGCACAACUCUGAAUCAAGAUUUAGGUUUUACUUUGAGACAUUGCCUAAGAAUUUCCAUACAGGGUUAAGCUUUGGCAUUGAUGCACUUGCCACAUUAGAAGGGACACUGCUCUUUGAAGAGUUACUGCAAGCGAAGGAGCAUUUGCGCCAACAAUACGAUGAGUUAUGUCAUACAUUGUUUAGUAAUCACCCCAAAAUAUUUCGACCAGAGUUGUAUUCAUGGGAGCAGUUCCUAUGGGCUUGUGAACUCUGGUAUUCUAAUGGAAUGAAGGUCAUCUUGUCUGAUGGAAAGCUGAAGACUUGUCUGGUUCCCAUUGCUGGGUUUCUCAAUCACUCGAUAUGCCCUCACAUAAUUCACUAUGGACGAGUAGAUUCAGCAACAAAAUCCUUGAAGUUUCCAUUGUCAAGGCCAUGUAAAAAAGGCGAACAAUGUUAUCUCAGCUAUGGAAAUUUUCCUGGAUCUCAUUUCGUGACUUUCUAUGGUUUCCUUCCAAAAGGAGAUAACCCAUAUGAUGUCAUACCAUUGGAUAUCGAUGCACCCCAUGCAGAAGAAACACAUUCUGCAAGUGAUUGGACCACUCACAUGGUUCGAGGGACAUGGUUGUCUAAGAGUAAGGAACCUCCUUCAUGCGGCUUGCCUUCUCCAUUGUUGUAUCAUCUUCGUUCAAUCAUAGAAGACGACGGAAACCAGCUGCCUCCUAGUCCUUCUACAAGAGUUGAGAUUGAAAGGGCAGUGAUUGAAACAAUUAUUUCUAUUUUUAAUCCGAUGAUGGAAAGUCUAAGUCAUACUGAUGAUUUUGACAGGGAGAUAUCCAAUUGGGAUGUAAAGCUAGCACUAGACUACAAAGACCUGCAAAGAAGGAUAAUUUCUUCGGUAUUGGCAUCGUCUACCAUUGCUCUUCAAAUGCUCUCUUAGUCAUUGCGCUUUGUUUAUCUCUUUGGUAUCGAUAUCUCUUAAACGUUUCUUUUUAUCUCUCCGGUAUCGAUAUCUCUAAAUGUUGCACAAAUGUAGUGAAGUCAAUAGCAUAUCGACCGCUUCUUUUUUCGUCGUCAAAAAGAUGCUUUUUUCGGAGCACUUGCUCGAAUAUAAACAAAGGGAUUUUUUUUUUUUUGGUUCAUUGUGUCAUUUGAGCUGAUGUAUUGUUUGGUACAUGAACGAAAAUUGGUGAACUUGGUUGAGCACUUUCAUGUUGCA